GAGAGAAAGAGGGAGAGAUAGAUAGAGAUAGAGGGGACUGCCAGUGUUUCAGGCGACUCCAGCGGACACCUAAAGCGGGACUUACCGGUGUGUGUGAGUGAAAGGCAGGGAGAGAGGGGAGUGAACGUGUGUGUGUGUAUGUGUGGAGCAGCUAACACACUAACACACAUUGAACGCUGGCGCACAACAUGGCGAUGGUUCGCCGGGAGACUGGCCGGCUCUCUCCAGACUAGCGCCGCCGCGCUGAGCUGCUCGGCUUUGGGAGAAGCUGCGAGCAGAAGGGCGCUUUCCUCUGGGCUCCACAGCGAGAGAAAAAAAAAGAAAAAAGAGCUCCACAUGGCGCUGAAUAGCUGCUGGCUCUUCUGUCUCCUCUCGCUGGGCUGCUGUGGACUAUCCUCGCAAGAGAAUCCUGUGUCUGUGGAGCUGAGCUGCGGGGCUGGUCCCGUCCAUGUGGUUUUGGAGCCUCCUGACCCUGUGCUGCUGGACUGCCACCUGGGGGCCGCAGAUGCUCCGGUCAACGUCACCUGGCUGCGGGACGGGGCGGUGCUGAGUGAGAGCGAGGCCGUUCAGCUCCUCCACAACGGCUCUCUGCUGGUCUUGCCCACCAGUAGAGAGGUGGAGGGCGCAUACAGCUGCCUCAGUGGCAGCUCUUUCGGGGCGCUGACCAGCCGUACGGUCACUCUGCAGCUGGCCAGCCUUUCUCGUUUCCUGCAGGACCCUGAGCCUCAGGUUGUGCCUGCGAGUGGCACUGCCCGUUUUGAGUGCCAAGUAGAUGGUCUGCCCGUCCCCACCAUCACCUGGGAGAAAGACCAGGUGCCACUGCCGGUACCCACAGAACCGGACGAAACAUCAAGCAGGUACGUAACUCUUCCAAAUGGAGUCCUGCAGAUUUUAGGGGUCAGUAAGGAUGAUGAGGGUUUGUACCGCUGCCUGGCAUCUAACUCCGCUCGCAAACGGUACAGCCAAGAUGCUUCCCUCACGGUCACUCCAGGUACUUCAGAGGAGAGUGACGUGGUGAUUACAGCUCCACCACAAGACUUGACGGUGGUGCUGGGUCAGCCAGCAGUGCUGGAGUGUAUGGCUCAGGGCCAGCCUAAACCCUUUGUGUCAUGGAGUAGACAGGAUGGGAAGCCCAUUGCGACAGAUGUGGUUGUCUUAGCAACCAACCUCGUGAUCCCGGACACACACACUCACCAUGCUGGAGUGUAUGUGUGUCGUGCCAACAAGCCCAAGACCCGCGAGUUCGUCUCUGCUUCUGCUGAGAUCCGUGUGCUGGCUCCUCCUGUAAUCCUGCAGCCUCCUGAGUCGAGGGCUCUCUCACGCGCAAAUACGGCUCGGUUUGUGUGUAAUAGCUCAGGUGACCCUGCGCCAGUCCUGCGCUGGCUGAAGAACGGAGAACCUGUGCAGUGGUCAGCUCGGGUUAAGACUCAGAGCCCUGCCGUUCUGCUCAUUAACCAGCUAGGUCUGGAAGACGCCGGAUACUACCAGUGCAUCGCUUCCAACAGCCUGGGCACGGCCUGCGCCACCGCCAAGCUGUCAGUCAUCGUAAAACAGGGUCUCCCCAGCCCACCGCGCCGCCUGCAGGCCACGCCCCACUCCAGCACCUCCGCGUUGCUCACCUGGGAGCCCCCUGAACACAACAGUGAUCAGGUCAUCGGCUUCUCCAUCCACUACCAGCACGCCACAGGCUCUGACAACAUGGAGUAUCAGUUUGCGGUCAACAACGACACAACAGAGUUCCAUGUGAAGGAGCUGCAGCCUCACACUGCUUACACCUUUUACAUGGUGGCCUAUUCACCCAUGGGCGCCAGCCACCCGUCACAGUCUGUCACUGUGGAGAUGUUGGAGGAUGUGCCCAGUGCUCCACCACAGCUGUCUCUGCUCAGCACAUCCCCCACUGAGACCAGAGUGAUGUGGCUCCCCCUUUCCUCUCAGCUUAGCCGCGGAGCCAUCACACAUUACCGUAUCGACUACCGCACACUGGAGCACGCAGACGAAGUGUAUUCGGUGGAGGUAGGAGGGAAUGAGACACAGGCGACCCUGAGAGAUAUGAAGCCCAACCACACUUACCAGCUACGGAUGGCUGCAGGAACACGAGCGGGAUUCGGACAACCGUCAGAGUGGGCCAUUCACCAUACCCCCAACCUUACUCAGGUGCUCUUCGCUCCCACCGAACUCAAAGUGCGAGCAAAGAUGCAUUCCCUCCACGUCACAUGGCAGCCGCCACCCAAUCACACGCAGAUCACCAGCUACAAACUGGCCUAUAAGGAGGUGGAUGGAGAGGAGACGACCAAUGAGGAGACUCCUGUGGAUGAUGCUCAUCAAAUCAGACUCCGCAAAAGAGUGAGGCAUUAUGAAAUCACAGGCCUAGCUCCAGAUCGACUGUAUGAAGUGAAGGUUUGGGCAUGUAAUAAACAGACUGAAGGCUAUCCCGCUGUAUGGAAGGGUCGGACAGAGAAAUUCACUGAUCGAGUGCGACUACCGGACUACCUCCCCCCGCUGCCCCCCAGCAGCGUGAAAGCUCGGGCCAACAGCUCAACCUCCAUCUGGCUGCGGUGGGAGAAACCGCCAUUCAGUAAUGUACGCAUCAUCACCUACACCAUCCGCUGCAGCCCUGCUGGCACACGCAAUGCCUCCCUCGUCUCUUACUACACCAGCACUUCUCAGGAGAUCCUAUUGGGGGCACUAAAGCCCUUCACCCGCUAUGAACUGGCUGUGCAGUCCAACGGCAUCAAUAUGGGAGGCCCCUUCAGUGGCACAGUGGAAGAGUCCACACUAGCUGACCGACCCUCAUCUCCCCCCACAGACCUGCAGCUGAGCGCUAUAGACUCAUUCUCAGUGUUGGUGAGUUGGCGCCCCCCCUUGGAGCCCAAUGGAAUCAUCGUGAGCUACAGAAUGCUCUACAGUGGCAACCUCAGUCAGCCUGAUCACCUGUGGACCAACCUUAGCCAUGAUGGAUCUGUCACCAGCACUGAGGUUCUGGGUUUGAUGAGCGGAACACGGUACUAUUUUAAGAUGGGGGCGUGCACUGAGGUGGGUGUGGGGCCUUUUUCUCCGGUAAAGGAUGUGCACACACCCCCCAAAAAAUACGAGUUGGACAUUCACGCCGUCACUGGGAUCAUCGUUGGUGUGUGUCUUGGGCUUCUCUGCAUCCUACUCUGCAUGUGUAUUAGUUUCCGCAACGGAAAAAGCCGGGAGGCAUCUGGAGGUUUGGAGCCCAGUGCAUUAAGCUCCCAGUACCGCAGGGGUGGCCACGCUGUGUCCACUGCCGUGUCUGACUGCACUGACUGCCACGAGCUGGAGACCCUGAUGCCUCCCUCAGCCCAUGACCCUGCUCUGCCCCUCACCGAACCCAAUGAACAGCAAAGCCUCAUGGGUAGUGUAGGAACUGGUGAUGACACAGCAGAGCCAAAACUGACCUGGAACGGUUCAGUCAGCCGGGACUGGACGAACAGGAUCACCAGAUACAGAGACACGAUCACCGAGGACUCUCCCUUUCUCAUUAACGGACCUCUGGGCAUCCCAGCCUCUGAGAACAGUAAGAGCGGUCAUGAGGAUCAUCUGCAUUCGCUGGGUUCUAAUCAAGUGGAGGCAGAAGUGAUAGUGCACUCAGAGCUGUCUGAGGCAGUGAAUGGAGUUCAGAGUGACACUGAUCUCUCUUUGGGGUCUCCUGGUUGUCAGGGCCCUGUUUACGGAGAGGAGGCGCCGCCCCUGUCAUCCACAACAAACCCUACCCCUUCUCCCUCUGCCCCAGAGACCCGGCCUCCGUCUCCUCUUGUUUCCAACCACACCCAGGAGGUACUGUCCAAUCACAGUGGGCCACUGGAGAGUGGUGGGCCUGCCCAGCUGACUGUAGGGGGGGCCAAACUCGAGGGGGUGGGGCUUACCAAUGGUUUCCAUUCCCCUGAGAGCCUGCGGUCUGGGCGGGAAAGCCUAGAGAACGGAGACCACAGACUCUGCUCCAAAAGGAAGGCUCUGUCUCAGCCUGGACUGCCCCCGUCCCCUCCAGCCUUCACCACGUCUGGCCUUGUCCAGUCUACCUCAGGUGCACACGGCUACCUGUGCCCCUAAGCUUAAAUGAAGGAAAUGAACCAUGUUCCCAGGAUUCCACAAAGGAGACGUAACACUAGGGUGGAUUUGUGUGAAGGCAGGUGCCUCAAUAGCGCCCCCUAAUGGAGGAUGCUUCAUUCUUUCCCGUGGGCCAAGUGUCCAUCUUUUGUCUGUUGCAACUUUGUUCCAUUGUUUUAUAUGUAUGUACAUACAGAAUAUUUUUUUAGCUCUAGAAACCAUGGGUAUGCAUUUUGUUGCAUAUCAGUGGCACUUUUUUUUGGAAAGGGGUUUGUGUGCAUGGAUUGUAUGUAUUGAUUUGAUAUACAUAGUUACAUGCACACGUGACUUUAUAUAUAUAUAUAUAUAUAUAUAUAUAUAUAUAUAUAUAUAUAUAUAUAUACAUAUAUAUAUAUACACACUAUAUAUAAAUAUUGUAAAGUUGGAGUUUUCUUACUCUGAGGUGAAAGCAGAGGAUCCUGAGGUCUAGGAUCAGUCAAGAGCAAGAGCAGAAUACACUGCGGAAUACUCCAGCAUUGCUCCAACCUAAUUACUGUCCACUGCGUCUGUAGCAUACGGUCAAUUGCCGCAAUAAUUUUGAUGCCUUUGCAAAAGCCAGUGGUACCAAUAGGACCAUUUUUCGGUUUAUCAAAAAUGAUUGAUAAAGAUUGAUUUCAUUGCCGUGAAAUCAAUGGAAAAACGGAAAUUGAACUCAUUUUCCUUUCCUCUUUGUAUGCAAGAGGGCUCUGCGUUCUGAUCCGUGAUCUGAAAAUCCAGUCCUGGUUUUACACCCUAUGAGGUGCAUGAUGUAAGCUCAUUGCUAUCAGUGACAGUAUUUUUCAUGCUUAACUUUAGUUCAUGUUUAGUUAAGAAAUUAAUGUUUUAGUUUAGAAAUUAAAGACUGCACUCAUCCUAAUGUGUACCUUUUCAAAAGUCGGCGUUUUCUUGUGUCAAAACUUGGCAGAAAUGGAAGAUGUCUUAGAUAUACUCAAUAUGUGACUGUAACACAGCCGUGGUUUUAAAUGAUAAAAAUAUCGAAAAGUAAAUUUAUCCCAGUUUUUUUUUUUUUUCCAUGCUUAUCCUCCCAGCUGUAGUGAGUGGGCAGGUGCAUCAGCUGCUUUAGCAUCUGCCCAUUGACUUUGGUUCUUUUGUUAGUACCGGUAAAUUGUCCGUGGCGAUUGACCUUAUGAAACGGAUACCACAGAUAGAGGUUCAGUUGAAGGACGCUGGAGUAUUCCUUUAAUCUAACAAACUCAUCAGAGAUCAGUGCCUGAAAAGCAGCUGUAGACUUUCACUGAGAGAGCCCACAACCCUGCCACACUCUACAGCCUCCUGCUGUCUCAGGGUCAACUUACACACACACAUACACACAGUCCUGCAUAGCCUUGUGGGGCCAGAUGUGAUCUUGUCAUGAGAAUACACGUAUAGGAACAACUCGUUAAACUUUUGGUGCUGGUUGUGGCAUAAUCUGCAUCAAACAAGGGGCAAGUGUAUGCCCCAAGUGCCCCAAGUAAAACCCAACCCCAGAUUUCUCUAGUGCGUGUUCUUUUAACGUUGGCACUAAUCAAUAACACAGGCAAAACAAGCUAGCUGGUGAAAUGCUGUUGCUAGCUCUCCUUAUAUUGUCUUUCAAGAAGUGAUGUUUAUUUUUACAAUAUGUAAUAUGUUCUCAACUCAAAUCAACAUAUCUGCAUGCUUAAUUGGAGUUUUUAAGGGACGUUUCAGCCAUGCUAACUUGCAUUGCAUCCAUGGGCUAACGACAGGCAUGUUCCCAAUCUAAAUCUCCAGACUCUGACCCCGUGGCUUCUGGUCUCAGGUUUUGGGCCUAAUGUCUGUUGUCAGCAACAAGCUAUUCAGCUAACAUUAAUGAUAUGGCUAACAUUCAUGAUGUAUUUACAUUCUCAAAACAGUGAACUAAAUAGUCAGUGUUAUAGAUUUAAGUUACUUAUGCGUCUGUAUGUUGUCAGAUUCAAAGCAAUCAUUAUUUAAAAGUAAAGAAGUGGUUAUGUAUUACUGUUGAUAGUGUGAGCAGCCUACGCUGAGCUCAGAGCUGAGAACACCAUCCCAACUUUUCGAGCAGGAAUUCCCAGUUAAGGGGACGUUUUCCUUGAUUUUUUUCUGGUCGGAGGAGGGAGAUUCUGAGAUACAAGCUUCUGUCGAACACAGCAUUAAAUUGGAAGACGUUCUUAAUUUCUUUGUUUAAAAAUGUAGUUUUUUUAUUUAUUUUUUUGGAACUCCUCCUGUUUUAUUUUUCGUUUGUCAUCACAAUCUCCACUCUGGAAGUUUAGAGAAAUGUUACAUAGCCCUUACAGCCUAUAGGAAUGGAUUAAACAGCCCUGCACCCUUGUGGACGUUCUUGGUAAAGGGCACGUUAAGUUUGUGUUUCUAGAAGUCCGAAGAAGAUCAGAGAUUUAGAUUGGGCAUUAUUGUUCACUGUGAUGUUGACGAGCACACCGUUUGCCCCUUUGGUUGAUCCCUGUCUUCAUGAGGCAUUAGAUUGGCUUAGAAGUUUCAGGUUAAUAAAUUUCCGUCCCACAUUUAGCCCCAAAUUUUUCAGGGUUGUCUCCAGACGUUCUUGUUACAAGAUCAUGCCUGGCCCCACGAGACUAGGCCCUGGACAGAUAGACCGUACUCUAGAAAGAUUUUUGUUUGAUCAUACACUGUUAGAGACUUUCUCUCUUGAUCAUGUUUUACACACUUUUUUUUCUUUUGUUCCUGUCUGACACACACACACACACACACACACACACACACACACACACACACACACACAUCAAUACAAAUAAAAAAACACAUUCCCUGACAGGCGCAUUUCUAACCUCUGUGUAUUUAUAUACAUUACUACAUAAAAUACCAAUAAAAAUGUGACAAAAUGAAGAAACAGAAGGACUGCUGAAAAACAGAAAAACAAUGAAGGAAAGGCAUACUGUACUUGUACUUUUUAGCUUUUUUUAAGUAUGAUUUGAUUUGCUGGAGGAUGUUUCUCUCCCAGCCACUACCUCAUUUGUUUAAAGGAUCCUUUUUUUCUUGCAUAAUUUAAUUGUCAUGAAUCACUUAUCAUUCAGAGGGCAACUUUUUGAACCUUGGUUUAUUCAAACGGUCUUGCAGAAGCCCCGCCCCCUUCUGUCUUCUGUGCAUUUAUAUGAAGGUUAAUGGGCACCAGGAAAUGAUCUGGUACAUCAGCGCACCUCUUUACUCUGAAAGCCGCCAGCCGUCGUCUCUUCAGAUAAAACGGUUUUGCAAUAUCCUCAUUUAGAGGAGAGAUUAGCGUGAAACUCAGUCUUAACUCAGGCCUUUCCGUGGGUGUCCGUAAAUGCACCGUGCGAUGACUGGAGGCCCGUUUUUUUCCUCACCUUGUUUGUUUUGUAGAUCCUUCCCUCACUCGUCUUUUCUCAGGGAGCUCUGAGCAGGGAAGCUGUGCAGGGAGUCUGAGAAGAAAGCAAAUCCGUCUGUCAAACUCUAAAAUAGCCCUUUGUUUCUUCAGCCAUAAUUCACAGUUUCUUCCCUUCUGCUGACUCAUAUUGCCACUAAGAGCAGGAUUUGUUUCUAUUUCCUUUUUAUGCAUUUUAUACAGUUAUUUAAGCAUCUUUAUUUUCUUUUGAUAAAGAAAAUCCUUAUUUCUUACAUGUUAAUUGUUUUAUCGGAACAGAAAUGCUGAACCUCUUGCCAGACAUUUGACUCAGAGACGUUUGCCCUUUAUGCUGAAGUUUUGCUAGCUUGUUUGUUAUUGAAUAAUUAAGAAUCGCUGAUUUUAAUGUGUAUCAGCAAAAUGGGUAAGUUCAGCUCAGCUCUCUGGUAGAGUCAGGUUCCAACAUGCUCAACCUGUUGUCUCCCACAUUGAUCCUGGUACGUAAUAACAUACCUUCUCAGAAGGGUUAGCUCGGUGCUACAGCUAGGCGAGGUGCUUUUCAGGAUGGUCUCUAAAGCAUUCCAGUUUUUUCUAUUUUCAUCAGGGGCCUCUCAGGUUCGUCAUAUACGAAACGAAACAAACUGAAUGUCCGCGUUACUGGUAUCAUGGUGUCCUCACGUCGCGUUCAAGCAUAACAGCUCGGCAUCUCAGUCACACCAACUGCCACGUCUUAGUAGUUCCGUUUUCUGAAGUGACCAAUCAGAAACUUGCCCUUGUUAUGUUAAUGAUGUAUUUCUAUGUAAAUUAAUUUCCACAUGUAAAGUUUCCUUUUUGGAUACAACAGAUUAUGCUACAUGUAGAGAUUAUGCUAUGUGUAUUUGUAAUAUAAAUUUUGCAUAUCGCUGUCAGAAGAAACCCUUAUAUCUCCAAAAUGGUAACUUUACAGGAGAAGGAAAAAACCUAAUUUACUUUUAAUGUAAGUCAAUGGAACCAGGCAUUUUCCCCAAGUCAUUUUGAGCUGUUUCUUUAGGUCCAUUCAUCACGAAAUUUACAUACACUGUAAAGAACAACAGGUAUUUUCAAAUUUUGUCAAAAACUGAAAAACGACAAAAAUGGAGAUAUGACGUUUUCUUCUGACAGCUCUUAUGCAUAGAUUGUUCUACACACAUUAAGCCUAGUUCUGGUCUCGACUGUUUAUUUAGGCCAAGACUAGGCUUAGUCUUUGUCUUGCCCCUGGAAUUCAACUGUUUAAAGAUGCUUGUUUGCGUUCAUUGGCUUAUUCAGAAUCACAUUGGCCACAUGAUCUUUUAUUUUCCCUUAAACUCAAUGAUGUUUGAAUGUAUUCUGAUACCUAUAGUAUAUGUGUACAUAUAAGGGCUGAUCUCCCAGACACUAAUUAAGCCCAGCCUUGGACUAUAGAGGUUUAUGUGUGAUUCAGUCCAGAAGUGUAGGCCUACAGUAUGAGUCUGGAAACUCACAACAAACUCAGUUUAUUUAAGGUGGCCUGUAGAUAAACGCAAUUGAUCUAUCCAUGCUUUGCCCACAGAUGCAUUCUUUCUUGCGAGUUUGGGCAAGCUUUACAGAACAUUGGGGGAACCUUAUUCAGGCUAAUGAGAAUGUAAUGCAGCUUUUCAAGAUGCGUUUCAAAUGUUGAUUAGAUGUGUGUGAACAGUCUUACUGUAAUAGAUCUUUCGGCUUUUAUUUGGUCUGUAAUCAGGCAAAUGUAAACAUGGUGGCAAAUUCAUUGUUGUUUCCAACCUGCCUAGUUUCACUUAGCUAGUCCAGCUCUAUAGCACAGCAAUUUAAACUGGAAACUCAACUAUAUUCAACGUGAAGCCCUAUCUAAACUCAUUAAGUGGGAUUUUUGUCAGCGUCCUGUAAAGCCUGUCCAAUCUCAACAAUAAAUACGUGAGAGGCCACCAUUUCAACUGUGCCAAAGUUGUAAACCCAUGAAAAGAGCUUCUUAGUACUCCAAACUGGGCUUAAAAUACAUCUGAGAAAUCUCCCUGUUGUAUUAUUGAUAACCUUGUGAGUUUUAGCUCUGUCUGAAACAGCUAAGUCUACGAAAGCAGAUCAUAGUGUUCAUCACAACCACUAUGUGAGGUUCAUUUUUGGCCUUUUUUUCCAUUUUCUCUGGAAAAACAAACAAUAUUUGUAUUUCUUUUGCUCAAGAGUUGACAUCUGUUUUCAAAGUGUUGAUCUUGCCUUUCAUACUUGGAUAUGCACAGAUUUUCAAUAAUGGCAUCUUCUCUCUUUAUAUAAGACUAUUAGUAGAAUACCUCAUGUGUUACUUACUUGUUAAUUUAAAUGUAAUCAUAUUCUUAACAUGGCACAUAAAUGUAUGUUUAUGAAGGGUUAGUUCAGUCUUAGUAUCUGAUGACUGGGAGCCAUGCUUGUAGACACAGAUCUUUAAAUAAACUUGGAAAUGUAUUUUUAAAGGUACCCUAAGUAGAACUUUCCAUGACAACAGGACAAAAUAUUGAAGACUACUGCUGGUUGACGUUUUGGUAACCAGUGACAAGAAGUGGGUUGGUGUGGUGGGCUGCCUUAAAUGAAUAGUUUGGCAAAAAUCUAAUUUACAUAAUUGCUGAACAGCAAAAAAAACAUUUUUGAAUAGAUGACCAUAUGUAAUACAGUGUCAGAAACCACAUAAGCACGUCUAUUUCGGGAUUGUUAUUAACUCUGAGAUCUGAGGCAAUGCGGUGAUUUUGGCAAGUUGUGAUGUGCUAAUUUGUGGCUUCCAUUAUUUGGUAGCCACACUGCAAACUAAAGAAGCAAACUUUGUACAGCACACAUGCUUUCAUUGACCACAUUUGUGGUGAAGGGAUGAUUUUGUAAAUUUGAUUUUUCAUCUAACUGUUUCUUUAAAAGCCAGCAAUGAACCAGUUUUACUCAUUGUACUUGUAAGGUAUGUUUCCAUGCUGGUCAGUGGAGAAGGCCUAUCAAGGGGUUUUUCCACCGGUCAGUGCCAUACAGUACGGUACGGUUACAAACCUGUGAUCACACACUCUGUCAUCAUUUCCACUGCCAUGUGAACUGUACAGUGCACAGUUACCAGUGCUGAAUUCGGUUGCCUGUUUGGUCAGGGUACCAUACUGAACUGCAGUAUAUGGUGGAACAAGAAAUAGUGCAGACUAGUUGUAAUCCACACAGGAUCAUCGUGAGUUUUCACAACCAUUACGUCUAAAACCCUUCCAGCCAGGUUUGCUAUCUCACAUGUAUAACUACAUGCAGAAUAAAAGGUAAAUCAUAACUCUGAGAGAACCCCACCUACUUUCAUGUGUACAAUGCAAAACAGACAGGGUGAGGAUAUUUCCGGAUUUGGACUAGUAACCGUACUUUGGCGUACUGCAUUAUCCGAUGGAAAAGCGCCUUAAACGUCUGCUAAAUUAGGGAACUUUGGCUUUCACAUGUGUCUACACAAGAUGUGAGGAGUUGUUAUGAUAGAAAUGGGCAACUUUGGCAAAAAAAAAGCUCUUAUUAAUGCUUUAUUGGAGAAAUGUACUGCUGAGAAAGGGUCUCCUGCCAAGUCUUAAGGAUUGAAGGCACAUGAGUGUGUAUUCUCAACAUGUGUCUGUUUCUCAGGUGCCCUGCCUUUGCAUUAAAACUGUAGAGGAACCUUUCUGUCCAAACACGACUCUGAACCGUGAAGUUUGCCGUAAUCAUAUGAAAAAGAUGACUAAGAUGAAGAGCAAUGAUGAAUACUGAUGCACAGCCUCAGCUUUUAGGUUCGGAAAUAACAGUGACCCUAAACCGCUGUCUCCCUGGUGCUUUGUGGUGAACGGCCAAUGCCUGGUGCCAUCACAGUAUGUGCUUUAUUGUUUUUGUUUUUACUAUGGACAAUUUCCUAGCUGUCCAACCUGUGUUUUCCAUUCGGGUUCAAUAUGUACAAAACCUGCAAAACUGGUGCUCCGGUGUGUUCAAGGCACACCACCUCAGGCCCUGUUUGCACCUGGCAGUAACCUCUGUCUCGAGUGAUCUUAUCAUAAGUGGACAGCGAGAUGUAUGGCUGUUUAUACCUGGCAUUUCCAUGUGUCUCGAAUGCAUCUCCAGUGACCACUUGAUUGGAUUUUGUGACUGGGGGAGGGGUACCACACACAUCAGUCUCUUGCUGUAUUUCUGGUCAGUCAAAGGAGUCCCUUUGACCUGGUACAGUCAUUUAGGUCCAGCCUAAAUUCAUUAGAUUGAAUGGAGCUUUUGUUAGCCUGUCCAUGCUCGCCAAACUAGCUACGAAAGACCAUAUCUGUGGGCUGAGCUUGGACAGAUCGGUCAAUUCACCAUUUCACUUCAGUGAUGCCAGUGUUUUAAAACCAUUAAAAAAGAAACCCAGUAUUGCUACAAGUGUUCAGAUGACGCUUUGAGUGACUUAUGGACAGAACUUCCAGCAAUGCUAAUAACAUCCUAAUGUGAUACAAAUGUGGGCAUAAAUAAAAAUGUAAAUAAUCUUU